AUGCUUUCCUGCAGACUGGCUCUAGGGCUCAUGGCCUCUAGCGCGAUUGCCGCCGCCGCCCAGACCUUCAAGGUCGCCAUCGACUACCAGCACGAACUGGACGUGGCGUACUAUUUCCGCGAAAACAACGAUCUCGUUUCCGUCACGUCCUCCAACGACGGCUUCGACGUCACCGUCAACACCGAUUCCGUCGACUCCAGCGCAUGCGAGAUCCUGCGUUCCGGAAUGCUCCUCUACAGCGCCGACGGCGCUUCCCAGAAGACCCUGGUCACGUGGAACCAGUACGAAGUGUUCCAUUUGAAGGACCAAGAGGGCCAAGAAUUGACCUGGUCCAGCGUCGACGUGCAGUCGUGUGACCUGGGCACUGGCAGCAGCAGCAGCAGCAGCGGCUCCGUUUCCUCUUCGGCCUUCUCCACCGUCUCGGGCUCCACCGUCUCGGGCUCCUCAGCCAUGGCUUCCUCUGCCGAGACUUCCUUUUUUGCAACCGCUACCGGCUCCUUCACCGGCACCGUUCCAAUCUCUACCAUGAUUGUCGGCUCCAAUGGUCCAACUCAAAUCGCGUCGAUGUCCGCCUCCGUGGUUACCACUACCAUCAGCGGUACCUCCACCGAAUACACUACCUACUGUCCCGAGACUUCUUCGUCGCAAGCCGCCGCUUCUGGUCUCUACACUUCCUCGGUCGUUACCAUCACCGAGAGUGGUACCGUCACCUCUUACACUACUUACUGCCCUGUUUCAACCAUGCCAAAAUCCUCAACUGAAUUACAAACUUCCGUUAUCACUGCUACUGAAAACGGUGUUUCCAGCACUUACACAACCACUUUCCCAGUGUCAUCUCAAGUGCAAACCUCUAUCGUUACUACAACGAUUAGCGGUAAGGAGACCAUCUACACCACUGUCUGUCCAGAGUCCACCGCACCCUCAUCCUCGCCAGUCGUGAUUACCACCACGUCCACUAACGGUGAACAAGCUACCUACACAAGCUUCGUUCCUGUUACCACUUCUGCUUCCUCGAGCGCUGCUCUACAAACAUCAUUGGUCACCACCACUGUUAGCGGCGUCGAGUCCAUUUACACCACCGUUUGCCCACUCUCCACUUCUGAGCCUACUACUACCUCCUCGGCAGUGACUUCAACUACUUCUGGUGCUCCAGCCUCCGCUGGUUCUAGCGUUGAGAUGCAAACCUCUGUCGUUGUUACUACAAUUGAUAACACUGAAACUUCUUACACUACCUACUGUCCAGUUACUUCCGAAUCUGCUACAGUGGCUCCAGAAUCAACUUCUAUUGUCGCUUCCACUUCCAGUUCUGAGGCCAAUGUUGUUGCAGUGACUUCUAUUGUUACCACUGUUGUUCAUCCUACUACCGUUGUGGACACCAUUACCUCCUGUUCGGAACACUCCUGUUGGGCUCAAGAAACGUCUCAAGUUUCGCAAUCCACCUCGGUGGUUGUUACCACUUUGGGCAUGUCUACUGUGAUAAAGUCAUCUUCCCCAUCAUCGGCUACAAAUACCGCUGCAGCCGCUUCGGCCAAUUCAGGUGUUGCCACUUCUAGCCCUACUUCUGUCACCAUUAGUCAGUACACCGGUGCUGGUGCCAUUUUGACCACCAACCGUGUGCUCAUCGCUUUUGUUGCCAUCCUUGCGUCCUUCUUAUAA